UACGGUGAAUCGUCACCCCCGAUCACGACUGAGUGUUGCGUUGCGGCCGGGACAAUUCGGCUUUCGUCGCUCGUACCGAGUCGAGGUGAGCUUGUAAAUCCCGCGUGCGGUUAAUCGUGCGUUUAAAACAUCCACGCUUUUUUAACAUCGCAACCAUCAUCUUCUUAUUUAACAUCUCAUAUAUUUAUUUCAUUAAUUUUACAAUAGUAAAUAAUUAUUAAAUUAAGUGACAGUGUCAGCUGAUAAAUAUAUAAAAAUAUAUAAAUAUAAAUAAUAAGACUUCAAGAUUACGAGGGAUUUUAGUGCUGGUGGAUUUUAGUGCUCGUGUUUAAAUAAUUUUAAAAAUUUAUAAAUAUAUAUGAAUAUAUAUAAACGGUGAUUGUGUUAGGAUUGGUGAAGUGUAAUUAAUUAUAUUAUUUUAUAGUAAUUGAUUAAUUAAUUAAUCAAUUUAUUAAUUAGAGCUUGAUAAAUCUUUUAAAAAUUUUAAUAUUUGAAAAUAACGAGUGCAGUUUUUUUUUGUAACUGAAGAUGGUGAUAUACUUUUAAUGGAAAACUUGAUGAUGGAUAUAAGGACACCGUGAAAGCCGCGAUGUCAGCAGUAACGAGUCCUUAUGGCCCCACGGAGAUGCUCUCCGACUCGGUAUACAAUUACGCGACGUCCCGUCGGGGCACUUCGAGCGCAGACCAAGACAGCGGAGACUCGCAGUAUGAUGGGCCACCAAGUGUGCGUAAUCAGCUAAGUGCCCAGAAACCGCGUAAUAAAAGAAAAAAUUUUAAACCAAUAAGUAGUCGAAUGGCCGAAGUUUCCGACGAUGAGUCUGAGCAAGAAGUCGAAGACGACGGCGAGGUUAUGGAGGAAACAAAUAGUUGUAACGAUAUUGUUGAGUACGAAAGGAAAACAUUGCGUUCAUUGAGCAGCGAUGAGCAAUUACAGAUGCAAUUACAACAGAGGCCGGCAAAACGGCUCAAUAAUAAUGAAACUAGUCCAAUGGAUUUGUCUGUUGCCACGAGACCGCCAUCUUCUGAUGAAGACGACGAAAGCACUGAUUCGAUAAGACAUAAGUGUAUUUUAGAACACCUCAGAUCACAGAAACUCUAUUCACCUUCGGGGGAGGCACGCAGUCCCAUGUCCGAGUCAGACAAGAGCGAUGCCGUUGAAUCGAGCCGGCUUGACGACCAGGACACGCCGUUCGAUGAUGAUCCAGCUGAUGGUCUUGAGUCUGAGGUGGAACGAAAACCAAUUGAAGGGAUCCCAGAGUAUGCUGAGUCAAUGAUGCAAGAACUACUGGCGAGUUAUGGUCUAGCAGGUGGUGAACUUGCUAAAACUGUCAGCAGACAACUGCCGCCUACGUUUCUUAAUCCACAUACUGGUCAGCAAUUGCAGUUACGUACUAUAAGCCAAAGUUUGUCUGAAAGGUCGAGUCCUAUUCAAAAUUCUGCCCACGAUAGAGUGAGAGUGAAAGAAGAAAAGGAAGCAUCAUCAACAGCACCAGGAAGUCCCCCGACACCACCCCACACACCCCAAAGUCCACCACGUUCAGCAAACAAUCCGUCCGGGAUAUCGCAGUCAUCACAACCAAUCACUUCAACUUCGCCGAGCCUCAAUCAGGACCAGCAGCACCAACAUCAGCAACAUCAACUGGGUCAACAUGCGCUUCACAAUUUAGCUAAUUCUCCACUAAGUCAAAUUUUAUCAUCAAAUCCAGCGUUAGCGCAAUUGCUGCAACAAAAUCCCGCCAUUCUGUCGCAAAAUCCCCAAUUGGCGCGAUUACUUCAGGAAAAUUUGCAAGUGCACAUGGGAAAUGUUCUAUUUUCCCCCGGACGUCGUGACGAAUCUGAUGAACGGGUACCAAUUGCAAGUCUAGCAGCAAUGAAAGUUGAAACAGAUCCUAAAGUUUCCGCAUUGCUGAGUCAGAGUAUGUCGCCAGUUCCUGAUAGCAUUGUCACAGCAACAAAGUGUCCGAGUAUCAGCACACAAUCACUUCAUCAGCAACAACAAUCAGCACAGCAACAAAUAGACUAUUCGCGUUACGUGAGACGUUUUUCAUCGGCCCUCGAAUGCGGGUCAUCGUAUUGUAAAGAAUUGGGCUGUCGCGAGCAUUUUCAUUGUCUUGAUUGUAGCGGACGGGUGUUUGUCAAAAAAGAAGAGAUGAUACGUCACUUUAAAUGGCAUAAAAAGCGUGACGAGUCACUUCAACAUGGUUUCAUGCGUUAUUCGCCAACAGACGAUUGUUCGGAGCGACAUCCAAUGCGAUCCUGUCCACACAAUCGCAAACAGACUCAUUACCAUUGCAUUCAUGAUAACUGCGAUAAAGUUUACAUCUCGACUUCGGAUGUUCAAAUGCAUGCUAACUAUCAUCGGAAAGAUUCUGCCAUUAUUCAAGAGGGUUUCCAGCGUUUUCGCGCGACAGAAACAUGCGGGACUGAUUAUUGUCCAUUCGCGGGUCAACGGACAACGCACUUUCAUUGCAGACGUUCUAAUUGUCGGUUUACUUUCAAAAAUAAAGCUGAUAUGGACAAACAUAAGUCGUACCACAUCAAAGACGAGCAAUUGUCCCGGGAUGGGUUCAAGAAGUUCAUGAAAUCCGAAGCGUGCCCUUAUGAUCAAUGCCGGUUUUCACGGGUUUGCAACCAUAUUCACUGCAUAAGACCACACUGUAGUUACGUUCUUCACUCGUCUGGGCAGUUAUUUUCUCAUAAACGUAAGCAUGAGCGUCACGAUUCAGAGCUUGCAUAUCGAAAGUACAAGCAAGUUAGCGGACCUGGUGGCCGUCAGAUAAAUUGGGAUGAAUUGGCUGGAAAUUCAAGCAUCCUGAGUAUGAACGGUGAAAGUUCCAACGAAGAACGUGCUUCGCCAAGUUAUUAUUCGUUGGAAGAUUCCUUUCAGAGUGCAAGUGAUUUAGCUAUGGAUUUGACAGCGACUACGAACAUUAGCGCGUCAUUAGCAAGUGCUAGUUCAACAUCUCUUAUAGAACAGCCCUCUUCACCUGGAUUAGGUGCUAUGGUUAAUAGUCAACAGCUCACGGCCUCCGAAUUGACUUAUCUGGCCCCAGCUUCGGCAGAUUGUCCUUGCAAUUAUAAAAGUGAGCAUUACCAUUGUGCGUUAGAUGGUUGCGGAGCUACAUUACGCGACCCCAGGGAGGUUCGGGAACACCUCCGUGAGCACGAAACUCAAGAACGUAUAACGGAUGCCUACUUCGACGAAGGCACUUGCGAAGAUUGUCCGUAUGCUGAUAAAGAGAAACAUUAUCACUGUAAUUGGGAAAACUGUAAAGAAGUAAUUCUGGCGACUGACAAACCCUUCAGACGGUUACAGCACUACAAGAUCCAUGAGUACACGAGGCAGUUGAACUUGAAUAGCACGACGCAGAUCUUGUCGUCAGAUGUUACGUUGACGCACUUAACAAAUAUCGACGCAAUGUUCAGGAGAAAACGCGGUCGACCACCAAAGAACCGUGUAAUUGAAAUAUGGUCUGGUGGCGGUGAUUCUUCCAGUCAUACCCAGGAUUCACCGCAAGCUAUAUUUACGAGCUUUAAAUUACCUAAACCCUCACCUACUUCAAAUACCGGUCCUAGUCCUAGUCCAAUUCACGGUCUUGGUCCUAGUCCAGUUCCCGGCCCUGGUCAAGGAAUCGCUACCGUUCCUGAUGAUGACGAACGCGAAGGUAGUGAAUCUGACAGCACUGGAGAACCAGAAGGAUUCGCGACAUAUAAUGCUGACUCGUGUCCUGAUUCAACCUGCGUAAUUCGUGGAACAAGACACCACCACUGUUCGCAAGCCAGAUGUUACUUUGCUACUGAUCGACCUGAUCAGUUGCUGAUGCACAGUAAAGACUUUCAUGAUAACGUUGAUAUCCUACCGGGUUUCGCGUUCUACGACAAAAUGGUUGACUGCCGGCUGCCAAGUUGUCACAGCAACCGGGUCCACCGGCACUAUCACUGCACGCGAAUUAAUUGUGGGUACUCUUUCGUGCGUUACUCAACGAUGGCACAGCAUGAGAAGCAACACAUGGGCAUCGCUAUUCACGAACAAUCCAUCGAGUCUGGAUCCAUCCAAGAAUGCUCUCCGCUUCUAAAUCAAGCUCAAGCUCAGGUUCAAAUUCAGUCUCAAUCCCAGUCUCAACCGCAGAUUGUUCAGCAUCCAGAGAAACCCAGGAUCCAGGUUAAGAACCCAGCGGAUUUGAUCGAUAAACCAGAUAAUUGUCAAGACGAUUCACGGUCUAUUAUCGAGGACAAAGAUGACUCUAGUCCUGAUACUAAUAAAACAACUGUGGUGAGGGCAGCAGGCACCUAUUAUCCGGUCAGCGGACCGCCGAAUGAACCCGCACUUCCGGGCGCCAUGCUAUCCAUGCGAGCUUCCGUGCACCAAGAAACACCAGUUCCAUCAACGAGCGCCUCGCCACAUACACUCUACGGGCCUGAUCAAAGCUGCAGCCGACCGUUCUGCAAACUGAAGCGUAAGAACCACUACCACUGCAAUGCCUGCAACCAAGCGUUUUCCGAAUUAGAUCGUCUGGUGGCUCACAUCGCCAAACACUCAACCGGUGCAAUCCUAAGCCAGCAGCAGCAACAUCCAGAGAUGGUUCAAUCAGCGAAUCUACCAAACCAACUGCCAACUCAGCUACCGCCUGAUUACUUGACCCAGUUGUCUCAACAGAAGCACGACUUUAUGUCCCAGAAUGUCCAGAUGGUUCAGAACAUAACUUACCAAAACAUGCAACGUCAAAUGCAGUCCAUCAAUCAGUCAUCUCAGUCUCAAGCACAGGCACAGCAGUCACCCGUCAAAGAAAUAAAACUUGAGAGUCCUAGACCUGAAUCCGUCAACCAGAACAGCAUCAAACAUGAGCCAGUGGAAUUACGCGAGGAACUCCAUCAACCUCAACCAGACAAUAAUGAAAACAAUGGACACAUCCAAGUAUCAGUGCCUCCUGGCAACGUUCCACAACCAGUACAAGCUGGAUUUGAACUAGAUCUAAGUCAUGGGUUCCAUUUCCCGAGUCCUGCGGUCAUGGCCGCAAUGAAUCAACAAAUCGCCCUUAUGAAUCAAGCGCUUCCACCAUUUUUACAACACAGUGGGAUGUAUGCUGGUGCUCCAAGUUUAAUGUUCGCCCCGGCAUUACCUCCCGGUAACUUUCUACCAGGGCGUGAUGAAAAUCCUCUAGCUUCUUUAGCAGCAAAUCUUAACCUCUCAAAACGAUCUCUUUCCCCAUCGGACUCAAACUCGAUGGAAGCUAAGAAACAACGUCUGCAUCACUCAAUGCGGAUGCUCAAAGAUGAACCGGUACCAGACGGUUACGUUCGCUUUAGAUUCAAUGAAGACUGCCGGUAUCCCCACUGUGGUUACCGUGAGCAUCAAACCCAUUUCCAUUGUAUGCGUCAAGACUGCGGUUAUUCUUUUUGUGAUAAAACACGUUUUGUUCAGCAUACAGCACGACACGAACGUCUGGACACCCUAAUGGGCAGCGAAUUCCAGCAGUACCGAGCCAACGUUCCUUGCGGGAGAGCCAACUGUGCUUACACUUCUUCCCUAGGGUCGAUGCAAAACAAAGCCUCACAUUUUCAUUGUCUUAAGUGUGACUUUGUUUGUACUGACACGAACAAAGUCGUCGCACACAGACGUCAGCACGCAAAGCUAGACAGCAUCGCUGCUGCGGGCUUCCAAAAGUUCACUCCAAGUUUACCCUGCGGUGCAGUUCAAUGUCAGCACUCGGGAAAACAAACUCAUUAUCAUUGUUUGCAGUGUCAGUAUGCUGUUCUCGGAUUAGCUCAAAUGUCUGCCCACAAAUAUCGACAUAUUGACGACUCGUUUUGAUGACCACACGAGCUCAUACUGCGCAUGCCUGCGCUUACCGAGUUUGUUUACACUUUUGGCGCGAAAUUCAAAUAUUUAAAUUUGAAUUUUUUAGUUUUUGGGUUUAAAUAGUCUUUUUUUUAAGAUUAAAAUUUUUUUCUGACAAAUGAAUUAUUUAAUUGUCAUUGGGAUGAAUAUCAGCGAAUUUUAAGAAAAAAAAUUGAUAAUGUCUUAAAUUGUAUUACGAGCAGUAUUGAGCUAAUUGAUUUUAAAAAAAAGAUAUUCAACUAAGACUGGCGGGUUAAAAGACAACGGGGUUUGCAUAAAUUAUAAUUUUUAUGAUAUGUGUACAAUGAUAUAUAAAUAUGAGUAUAUAUAUAUAUAUAGAUAUAUAGUAUUGAUUGAU